AUGGAGAAUGAGAUAGCCAGUAUGGUCUCAGAGAUACAGGAUCGGGCAGCCACGAAUAUUCAUGAGCUCUUUGAGGCUAUCUCCAGAUGGGAGGCUGAAGAUAAAUCUUCAGCAUCUUGUUGCACCCACCAAAAGGUGGAACGGCAGCUGAGUAGAUUUUUUGGCCUUCGGCGAGUGUUUGCCGAGUAUCGAGGAGAGACAGCAGGACCCUCAGGACAGGAUGAACAUCUUGAACCAGAUGCUGCCUCAAAACCAUCUAUCAGCAGCUCAUCAUCACCAGCAGAGCAUCGCAAGGAGAAGUCUUCAGACAUAGAGGCAGACUUAUACACGGACUCAACCCCAGGAACUGUGUCAAAUCAGAAUGUCACAUCAGAGGAUGUCUUAAAGUUAUUCAUAGAAGACAACCUGGUCUCAGACAUGGACGCAAAAUCUAAAGAAAUUAAUCUGACAAAACCAGGAUCUCCUAGAGAGAUGUCCUUCAUGUCGUUAUCGAAGCACCACUUCCAAUCAAAACAAAAGAAAAGGGUCCAGCUGUCAACAGAACAAGAAUUGGAUGAGGCUGGUGGGUCAGACCGCAGUGAAGCCGGCUCUCCCCCAGUGACGACAUUUCUUAAAGAUGCAAGGAAAGCGGAGCCAAGCCCUGUUCCUCUGGAACUGGUGGAUGUGGAGGAUGAGGAAGUCACAGCAGAAGAGAAACCACCAAAACUCUCCACAAAACAAUCCACCACCAGCUCAUCACCACCAGCAGAGCAUCGCAAGGAGAGGUCUUCAGACACAGAGACAGACUUAUACAGGGACUCAACCCCAGGAACUGUGUUAGAUGAGAAUGUCACAUCAGAGGGUGUCAUAAAGUUAUUCAUGGAGGACAACCAGGACACAGACAUGGACGCAAAAUCUAAAGAAAUUAAUUUGACAAAACCAGGAUCUCCUAGAGAGAUGUCCUUCACCAAGAUGGACCCACCUUCCAAGGAGGACGACAAAGAUGUCUGCAAGACCUCUCUGGGUGAUGAGGAUGUCACAAGAGUAGAGUAUGGCGAAGAGAGGUCUUCAGACAAAAUACCAUCCACCACUAGUUCGGACACAGAGACAGACUUAUACAGGGACUCAACCCCAGGAACUGUGGCAGAUAAAAAUGUCACACGAAAGAAAGCUGCAGCCAGAAAUAGCACAAUAUAUAAAUCGAUAAAGUCGUUAUGGAAGCAGUGCUUUCAAUCAAAACAAAAGAAAAGGGUCCAGCUGUCAACAGAACAAAAAUUGGAGGAGGCUGGCAGGUCAGACCGCAGUAAAGCCGGCUCUCCCCCAGUGACGACAUUUCUUAAAGAUGCAAGGAAAGUGGAGCCAAGCCCUGUUCCUAUGGAACUGCUGGGUGUGGAGGAUGAGGACGUCACAGGAGAAGAGAAACCACCAAAACUCUCCUCAAAACAAUCCACCACCAGCUCAUCACCACCAGCAGAGCAUCGCAAGGAGAAGUCUUCAGACACAGAGACAGACUUAUACACGGACUCAACCCCAGGAACUGUGGCAGAUAAGAAUGUCACAUCAGAGGGUGUCAUAAAGUUAUUCAUGGAGGACAACCUGGAAACAGACAUGGAUGCAAAAUCUAAAGAAAGGAAUGUGACAAAACAAGGAUCUCCUAGAGAGAUGUCCUUCACCAAGAUGGACCCACCUUCCAAGGAGGACGACAAAGAUGUCUGCGAGACCUCUCUGGGUGAUGAGGAUGUCACAAGAGUAGAGUAUGGCGAAGAGAGGUCUUCAGACAAAAUACCAUCCACCACCAGUUCUGACACAGAGACAUACUUAUACAGGGACUCAACCCCAGGAACUGUGGCAGAUAAAAAUGUCACACGAAAGAAAGCUGCAGCCAGAAAUAGCACAAUAUAUAAAUCGAUAAAGUCGUUAUGGAAGCAGUGCUUUCAAUCAAAACAAAAGAAAAGGGUCCAGCUGUCAACAGAACAAAAAUUGGAGGAGGCUGGCGGGUCACACCGCAGUAAAGCCGGCUCUCCCCCAGUGACGACAUUUCUUAAAGAUGCAAGGAAAGUGGAGCCAAGCCCUGUUCCUAUGGAACUGCUGGGUGUGGAGGAUGAGGACGUCACAGGAGAAGAGAAACCACCAAAACCCUCCUCAAAACAAUCCACCACCAGCUCAUCACCACCAGCAGAGCAUCGCAAGGAGAAGUCUUCAGACACAGAGACAGACUUAUACACGGACUCAACCCCAGGAACUGUGGCAGAUAAGAAUGUCACAUCAGAGGAUGGACCCACCUUCCAAGGAGGACGACAAAGAUGUUCUGAGACCUCUCUGGGUGAUGAGGAUGUCACAAGAGUAGAGUAUGGCGAAGAGAGGUCUUCAGACAAAAUACCAUCCACCACCAGUUCUGACACAGAGACGUACUUAUACAGGGACUCAACCCCAGGAACUGUGGCAGAUAAAAAUGUCACACGAAAGAAAGCUGCAGCCAGAAAUAGCACAAUAUAUAAAUCGAUAAAGUCGUUAUGGAAGCAGUGCUUUCAAUCAAAACAAAAGAAAAGGGUCCAGCUGUCAACAGAACAAAAAUUGGAUGAGGCUGGCGGGUCAGACCACAGUGAAGCCGGCUCUCCCCCAGUGACGACAUUUCUUAAAGAUGCAAGGAAAGCGGAGCCAAGCCCUGUUCCUCUGGAACUGGCGGAUUGGGAGGAUGAGGACGUCACAGGAGAAGAGAAACCACCAAAACCCUCCUCAAAACAAUCCACCACCAGCUCAUCACCACCAGCAGAGCAUCGCAAGGAGAAGUCUUCAGACACAGAGACAGACUUAUACACGGACUCAACCCCAGGAACUGUGGCAGAUAAGAAUGUCACAUCAGAGGGUGUCAUAAAGUUAUUCAUGGAGGACAACCAGGACACAGACAUGGAUGCAAAAUCUAAAGAAAUUAAUUUGACAAAACCAGGAUCUUCUAGAGAGAUGUCCUUCAAGUUGUUAUCGAAGCACCACUUCCAAUCAAAACAAAAGAAAAGGGUCCAGCUGUCAACAGAACAAGAAUUGGAUGAGGCUGGUGGGUCAGACCACAGUGAAGCUGGCUCUCCCCCAGUGAGGACAUUUCUUAAAGAUGCAAGGAAAGCGAUGUCAAGCCCUGUUCCUCUGGAACUGGUGGAUGUGGAGGAUGAGGACGUCACAGCAGAAGAGAAACCACCAAAACAAUCCACCACCAGCGCAUCACCACCAGCAGAGCAUCGCAAGGAGAGGUCUUCAGACACAGAGACAGACUUAUACAGGGACUCAACCCCAGGAAAUGUGUCAGAUAAGAAUGUCACAUCAGAGGGUGUCAUAAAGUUAUUCAUGGAGGACAACCUGGACACAGACAUGGAUGCAAAAUCUAAAGAAAGGAAUGUGACAAAACAAGGAUCUCCUAGAGAGAUGUCCUUCACCAAGAUGGACCCACCUUCCAAGGAGGACGACAAAGAUGUCUGCAAGACCUCUCUGGGUGAUGAGGAUGUCACAAGAGUAGAGUAUAGCGAAGAGAGGUCUUCAGACAAAAUACCAUCCACCACUAGUUCGGACACAGAGACGUACUUAUACAGGGACUCAACCCCAGGAACUGUGGCAGAUAAAAAUGUCACACGAAAGAAAGCUGUAACCAGAAAUAGCACAAUAUAUAAAUCGAUGAAGUCGUUAUGGAAGCAGUGCUUCCAAUCAAAACAAAAGAAAAGGGUCCAGCUGUCAACAGAACAAGAAUUGGAUGAGGCUGGCAGGUCACACCGCAGUAAAGCCGGCUCUCCCCCAGUAACAACAUUUCUUAAAGAUGCAAGGAAAGUGGAGCCAAGCCCUGUUCCUAUGGAACUGGUGGGUGUGGAGGAUGAGGACGUCACAGGAGAAGAGAAACCACCAAAACUCUCCUCAAAACAAUCCACCACCAGCUCAUCACCACCAGCAGAGCAUCGCAAGGAGAGGUCUUCAGACACAGAGACAGACUUAUACAGGGACUCAACCCCAGGAACUGUGUCAGAUAAGAAUGUCACAUCAGAGGGUGUCAUAAAGUUAUUCAUGGAGGACAACCUGGUCACAGACAUGGACGCAAAAUCUAAAGAAAUUAAUUUGACAAAACCAGGAUCUCCUAGAGAGAUGUCCUUCACCAAGAUGGACCCACCUUCCAAGGAGGACGACAAAGAUGUCUGCAAGACCUCUCUGGGUGAUGAGGAUGUCACAAGAGUAGAGUAUGGCGAAGAGAGGUCUUCAGACAAAAUACCAUCCACCACUAGUUCGGACACAGAGACAGACUUAUACAGGGACUCAACCCCAGGAACUGUGGCAGAUAAAAAUGUCACACCAAAGACAGCUGCAACCAGAAAUAGCACAAUAUAUAAAUCGAUAAAGUCGUUAUGGAGGCAGUGCUUUCAAUCAAAACAAAAGAAAAGGGUCCAGCUGUCAACAGAACAAGAAUUGGAUGAGGCUGGCGGGUCAGACCGCAGUAAAGCCGGCUCUCCCCCAGUGACGACAUUUCUUAAAGAUGCAAGGAAAGUGGAGCCAAGCCCUGUUCCUCUGGAACUGGUGGGUGUAGAGGAUGAGGAAGUCACAGCAGAAGAGAAACCACCAAAACUCUCCUCAAAACAAUCCACCACCAGCACAUCAGCAUCAGCAGAGCAUCGCAAGGAGAGGUCUUCAGACACAGAGACGUACUUAUACAGGGACUCAACCCCAGGAACUGUGGCAGAUAAACAUGUCACACCAAAGAAAGCUGCAACCAGAAAUAGCAUAAUAUAUAAAUCGAUAAAGUCGUUAUGGAAGCAGUGCUUCCAAUCAAAACAAAAGAAAAGGGUACAGCUGUCAACAGAACAAGAAUUGGAUGAAGCUGGUGGGUCAGACCACAGUGAAGCUGGCUCUCCCCCAGUGAGGACAUUUCUUAAAGAUGCAAGGAAAGCGGAGUCAAGCCCUGUUCCUCUGGAACUGGUGGAUGUGGAGGAUGAGGACGUCACAGCAGAAGAGAAACCACCAAAACAAUCCACCACCAGCGCAUCACCACCAGCAGAGCAUUACAAGGAGAGGUCUUCAGACACAGAGACAGACUUAUACAGGGACUCAACCUCUCUGGACUCAAUCCCAGGAGCUUUAGGACAGGACAGACAUUUUAAAGGUCUGAAAGAAACCUUCGACACCAUAAUAAAUGGAUUCUUCAACAGUCUCAAUGAAGAGCAGCAGAGCGAAAUAAGCAAAGGUGUUAAGAACAUGGACGUGAAGUACAAGCUGACUGACAUGGGUAUGGAGGUGAUUAGGGUCGUCAUAGACACGAUCAAUGACAUCCUAUCAAAAGAAACGAGAAAACCCACCUUUUCCCAUGUAUGUGGGAUGGAGGCUGUUGGCCAGAAGUUGCCCUUAGAGCUUCUCAGGGAGAAUUUUCAUUUUGCUGAGGAUAAAAUCCAGCAGAGUUUGAAAGGCUCCUUUGGCGAGGCUUUGUGUGAUGUGAUUGGUUCAGACACAUCUGUUAGCAUAACACCCAAAAUCACACAAGCCAUUGUGAAAUGGAUCACAGAUAAUCUAAACUCUGCUCUGUCAGAGGCCAUACAAGCCUUACUGGCUGGAGGAUCCAAUGUCCAUGCUGCUUCCUGCUGCCAGUUCUCAAGUUGCAGAGCAUGUAACGAGAUGUUGGCAGGAGUUAUUCAGGCAAUGAAAUCCCUCCUCACAGGUCCAGGUACUGCAAGGAAGAAGACAAUUCAGACUGAAAGGACACAGAAACAUUCCGAUGGUGAGAGCAAAGAUGACAGAUUGGUCAACAAUAAGAAGUCGCAGCGGUGGAGCAUUGGCAAAUGGUGGAAAAAUAAAGUCCAGCCCGUUUCUGACAAAGAAAUGGAGGAGGUUGUCAGGUUGUCAAAGUGUAAGAAGGAAGAGGACAAGAAGAAAGAGGACAAGAAGGCUUCAGCACAUGAUCUGGCUGUCAAGACCAAAAAGCCUUCUUUGUUGUUCUUCGGCCGUCUGAGCUGCUCUGGCCAUGAUGAUGGUGAAGAUCGAGUGACACCCUUCCACCCCACUUAAACAACCUCAAACCCUACUCUAUUCCCUCUCUCUAUCAUCUUACCUUCUUUCUACUCCCCUUUCCAUCCUCUUUUGGGUUUUCUCCGGGUGCUCCGGUUUCUCCCACUGUAAAAACAUAAUUAUCAUUAAUAAGCCUUAAUUUAAAGAUUGUGACACCCUUCCACCCCACUCUAUUCUCUAUUCCCUCUCUCUAUCAUCUUACCUUCUUUCUACUCCCCUUUCCAUCCACUUUUGGGUUUUCUCCGGGUGCUCCGGUUUCUCCCACUGUAAAAACAUAAUUAUCAUUAAUAAUCCUUAAUUUAAAGAUUGUGACACCCUUCCACCCCACUCUAUUCUCUAUUCCCUCUCUCUAUCAUCUUACCUUCUUUCUACUCCCCUUUCCAUCCUCUUUUGGGUUUUCUCCGGGUGCUCCGGUUUCUCCCACUGUAAAAACAUAAUUAUCAUUAAUAAUCCUUAAUUUAAAGAUUGUGACACCCUUCCACCCCACUCUAUUCUCUCU